UAGUCAUGAUUCACUAUUUCCAAAAUCUCAAGAAUACUCUCAAGAAACAUUGGAUAGAGCCAUCAACUUGGCAAAAAAUUUAGAUGCAAAUUAUGGUGGAACAGAAAUUUACAAUCCUAUAAAAUGGGCAUUUGAUAAUCAAUUGAAAACUAUGACCACCACUUUAUUUUUAUUGACAGAUGGUGAAGUUUGGGGAGUUGAUAAAAUCAUUGAAUUGAUUGAUCAAAAUGUUGAAGAUAAAAACAAUGAUUUAAGAAUUUUUACAUUGGGUAUUGGUGAUAGUGUUUCACAUCAUUUAGUGGAGUCAGUUGCUAGAUCUGGUAAUGGGUAUGCAGAAUUUGUUACUAAUAAAGAAAGAAUGGACAAGAAAAUUUUGGGAAUGUUGAAAAAUGCUGUUAAACCACCCAUCAAUGAUUAUAAAAUCAAAUGGACAACAAGUUAUGACAAACAAGAUGAAGAUGAAAAUAAACUCUUUGAUUAUUUUAAAACAAUAAAAAAACCAGAAAAACCAGAAAAACCUAAAAAAGAUAUUGAAAAAUUAUUGGAGCAUGUUAAAUUACAACAAGCACCUUAUAAAAUACCAGAAAUUUAUCCAGGAGUUAGGUUUACAGUUUAUUGUAUUUUAUCAAAAGGUGUUCAACCAUCAAAUGAAAUUAUCUUGACUGCUAAAUCUUCAGAUGGGCCAAUGAAACUUAAUAUACCAAUAGAUCAUAAUGUUAUGGGUAUUAUGGAUAGUGUUAGGAAGUGGAUGAAUGAUUGGAUUAAAGAAUAA